AUUGCAAUGUCGCUAACAGCAACUGUGAGCGAGUUUGCUUCCUGCAAUGUACCUGUAAAUGGUAGAAGAGAAAGAAAAUCAAGAACAACAACUGCGGUCACGGAAAUUGGAAGGAGAUGCCUCCUCCUAUCACCAACUGUGAUUGCAGCUUCCCAACUCAAUGACUCUAAGACUGAGCUUCUUAACAGAUAACGUAAGAAAUCAGAAGAAAACAAGGCCAAAAAUGAUGAGGAGUUUAGCACGUUGUUCGUUCCGCAAAAAGGAUUUCGAUGUUGGACUUGAUCUCGAUUUACGAUAUUUGCAACCACAGAUUGAGAGACUAGAUAGUUAUUACAAGAGAAACUAUAAGGAUUACUUUGGAUUAUUGGGAGGUUCUUUGAAGGGGAAGGAGGAGCUUUCUGAAUCAGAGAAAGGCAUUCUUGAUUGGCUAGAAAAAGUUACAAGAUCGUUAAGAGAUAUCUCACCGGCGGACUAUAUAUUCAAAAUAGAAUCUUUCUCAGUACUCCUGGGAGCACUAGAGAAAUAUGAAUCAAAAGUUUUUAAAGCCGGCGGUUAUGAAUGGAAAUUGUCUCUCUAUCCAGGUGGGAAUAAGAACAGGGAUGUGAAAGAUCACGUCUCACUCUACCUGCAAUUAGCUAAUACAACAAAAAUUCGUGGUGACUGGGAGGCUAAUGUGAAAUUCACAUUAUUUGUCUUUGAUCAUAUAUGUGACAAGUACUUAGCCAUCGAAGGAAGAUGAUGACCUAUCGCAAUGGAAACAGUAGAACUAGUGCUUAUGGCAAAUAUUUGUCCCUCUAUCUCCAAAUAGAUGAUUGGUGGAAACUUCCUAAGAAUUGGAAAAUAGAUGCAACAUUCAAGCUGCGUGUAAAAGACCAACUCGACAACAAAAACAAUAUUGAAUUUCAAGUUUGCUGCUGUUAUUGUGCCUCGAAAACGAUCUGGGGUGUCCAUGAGUUCAUGUUGCUAACGAAUCUCCGUGACGCAUCAAAGGGCUACAUAGUGAGGGAUACCUUAAUUUAUGAAAUAGAGAUACAAAGUUUGAUCUUGUCGGUGAUUAAGAACUUGAAAUAAAAAUGUUUAUUAUUAUUAUUAUUAUUAUUAGGGUUCCACGAUUGUACCCUACUUUUCUUCUUCUUUUAAAGUAAUACAAGAAGUUCUCUAAACUCAUUGAUGCACAUUCUUUU